CGUUGAUUGGCGAAGCAAGAAGAGUAGCCGAACAAGGCAUCAAGUGGAAUAGACAUAGAAAGUGAAUGUAACCUCAAAAUCAGGAGGAUUGUCUCAAAAGAGUAGUUUUUUUCAUCUCAUUCGUAAACGUUAAAAUUCGCGCUUGCGAUAAUAAAUGUUCCUGACGACACGAUAGCGCGGGAGAUUCAUUAUGCAGCGUGGAAGAUUCCACACAUGAAUUGUCAGAAAAAAAAAACGCUUUCGGUUUGGAGAACCCAUCGUUUACGUUAAUAUAAUGGGGUGUACAAAGAGAGGAAGUGCGAUGAACUAGUUAUGCUUCCAUCGACUGGUUACUUUAAAACGAUAAAUUGUCCGUUUUACGACAACGGUUUUUGCGAAAGACCCUACUGCCACUUUAAACAUCCACGACGAGAAGAUGCAGCAAAUGCGGCAGUGGCGGUUGGGACGACAACAGGCCAGGCAGUGGCAUCUGGGGAUUCUGGAGGAACCACCUCCGUGGCACCUUCCAACUCUGACAUGCUACAGAAAUUGGUAUCUGAAGCUGUGAAGAAAGUUCUUGCCCAUCAGGAAGUUACAGAUUCGCAUAAGAUAUCUGAUAAUAUUGUGUCCCAAGUAGUAGAAGAGCUAAAACCAUCACUGGGUGGUGGGGCGUUGACAUCGGUAACAUCUGCUGCCGUGGAAAGUACUGCAAGCAAUAUUGUCAGCACAGAUGCUAUUGUCCAACCUCCUGUAACAAAACCAGCACCAUGUGUAUACAACCCUACACCCAUAGCAGAGUUGAAAAAGCGUCACAUUCCAGUGGCCUCAUAUAUGCCUACUAGAGAUAGUAAAGUGGCAGUGAAACGUAAAGCAUCUCCAGAAGGCAUGAAACCUUGGCUUGGUUUCUUACGAAAUCCUUCAGCUACUCAGGACAGCUCAUCAACUCCUGGAUAUUCCAGUGUUAAAGUCGAAGAAGUAACAUACAAGCCUACAGCCAUUGUCAGUACCAGCACUGAAACACCUAUGACUCAGAGUUAUGUACCAACAAUCAAAUCGGAUUCGUCAUCAUCAAACUCCUACGAGGACAGCAAUUCGAAUGAUUAUAUGUCAAAGAUUAAGGAAGGUUAUUAUCCAAAGUCAAAGAAAAGACGGGAAGAGUAUGUCCCAAAAAAAUUGAAAGCUCCUUUAAAAACCGUUCAGCACCUCGACGAAACCGCUCUCGAUGACUUCGCCUUGGAAUUCGACAUGAUCGCAGACAUUCUGACGUCCGAGAAGCCAACCAUUAAUACCGUAGCAAGCGAGGACUCACACGAAUAUAAUCUGGACCUGGAACCAAAAUUCUCGGACGAUGAGAUGCCCGAGGAAGAUGUUGAGAUUCUAACCAAAGAAACAUAUAAACUAGGAGCUAAUAGUAAGGACAAUGCGAAUCACCAGGAAGAGAAGGAGAAAGAGAAUAUAGUCUGCACUAAGGCACAACCUAACGAUAGCGAUAUAACUGAAUCAAGGAAUGGUAAUCAGCAUAGUUAUAAAUCAAAUACCCAGGUCACAGAUAAGAUCGACAAUAGAGAUGCUCCUGACAAAUCAACUAAGGAUUCCCGUAGCUCGAAAUCCAGUGCCCUUACGGGACCCGAUAAGGAUAAUAAACAUAAGGGUAGAUCUGAAAAGAAGAGGUCGACGAAGGAUGAUUCGAGAAAAGAAUCAGAUAAGGAAAAAAAAGAUCACCGACAUGGUAAUAGUAUUAAUAGUAGUAGUAAGGAUCGUGACAAGGACAGGAAGAGCAGUAACGGAUCGAGUAAAUCCAUUAAGGAUAAGCAUAGUAAGUACAGCUCCAGUACUAGCGGCAGACAUCGUUCGUCAUCCUCAAGUAAGGACGACAGAAACAAAAGUAAGAGUUCUCGUAGUAGCAAGGAAAGCUCACGCAGUAGUAAGGACAGUUCGAAAUCAAGCAGACACAAGUCUUCUAAUUCAAAAGAAUGUAACAGUAGGCAUCAUCAUAAGUCCUCUAGUCGUGAUCUUGAGAGAAACAAGUCAAGCAUUAGUAGUUCCAAAAAGGAUACUCAUUCUUCAGAGAAGCAUUCACGACCCAGUCGUACUUCAAGCACUUCUGAGAAGAAAUCUAGUAAGAAACAAAAAGAAGAUAGCAGUGAAAGAAGUAGUGACCAUGAAGAAGAUGUUCUUGCCAGUCCAAUUAGAAGUAUACACUCUUACUCCGAAGAAGAAAUAAUUGAGGUAUCUGAAUCAGAUGAUGACAUCGAGGAAGAGUGCUUGAAAAUAUUCCAGGAAUAUGAAGUGUCCGACCAUCCAAAGGAAGUGACAGUGAAACAACCACCAAAAAGAGAAGUGGAGGAGAUCGAAGACUCUGGUCGUAAGAGAGUAGCACAUCCAUCUGCAGGUACAACAACAACACGACAAGUUGUUUCGAGUCAACCGCCUAAGAAACUACCCAAUCCACAACAGCGAAUGUAUGAAAGAUGGAGACUAAUGAAAGAAGCUGCUGCAACAAAAGCUGCAGAGAAAGUUGUGAACAUUAAGGAGUCUCAGACAAGUCCAGUAUCAAAUGUUGCAGCAACAUCGGUACAGACUCCAUUUAAAAAGGCACAGCCUGUAGAAUAUAAUUCUAACGACACACAACUCAAUGGGAACAGUCGAAUCAGAAUUGCACAUGUUCCUUACGCAAUGUCACUUACUAUGGCAAAGAAAAAGGUGACGACAGCCAACAUUCCUAAGGCAGGAGACACAAAAACGGCAGCUCAAACUUCCAAAGGAUCUCGCGUAGCACACAUUCCUCAAGUCGUACCCCAACUGGUUCGACCUGAGCCAUUGCAAGUAGCAACGCAGAAAUUCCCAUUAAAUGUGCGUCAGUACUAUGUGAACUUGAUGCAGGAUAUAUGUGUGCAAAUUUAUACCAACGCGGAUGAUGCAGCCCAGCGUGCGCUUCAGGAAGAAUUCGGGUGUCACGAACGUUGCAAGGCUGUUUCCGUUUACAAAAAUUCGUGUAUGCUAGCUGCGCACAGAUUACGGAAGGAGCUAGACCAAGGAUCUUCUGGAGAUGGUGCUGGAUCCUAUACCAGUGGUAUUGUUUCGCACGAAACUGUACUUGCAGGAAAAUCGAAGGGUUCCUGGAGUGUUGUUAAAUCCAAGAAAGCUACUAUGAAUUUCAAAGGUAGUGCUUUGUAUACUGUGCUUUCUAAGUGGGUUAUGAGUGAGCAACAAUUGAGGGAUAAUGGAUUUCCAAGACCUCACCCUGAUGGUGUUAAGGGUCAUGCCAAGGUGUAUGUUAUAAAUACUCGUAAUCAGGCAAUCUUAUCGAAGGUACCUAACGAAAGAUUCUGUAGUCGAUGUGGACAAACUUAUAUGGUGGAUAAGCAAGGACACGCUGUACAGCAACAAAACUGUAUAUAUCACUGGGGACGAAAAUUUACAAUAAGAGGAGAAGGUCGCUAUAGUUGUUGCCAACAAUAUGGUUCAGCAACUGGUUGUUGCGAUGCGAAGACACAUGUUUGGGAUCACGUUGACUAUGAAAACCUUCGAGGUUAUGUCAAAACAUUGCCAAAAGAUGUUCCUGCCGAAGAACAAGGUGUUUAUGCCCUUGAUUGUGAGAUGUGUUAUACAACACAAGGUUUAGAAUUGACAAGAGUUACUGUUAUAAAUGAUGAAUGUCACGUUAUUUAUGAGACGUUAGUUAUGCCAGAUAACCCAAUUAUUGACCAUAAUACAAGAUUCUCAGGGAUUACAGAAGAAAAUAUGAAGGGUGUGACCACGACUCUACGCGAUGUUCAAGCUACACUUUUGACAAUGUUUUCCGAAAAAACAAUACUUGUUGGUCAUAGUCUUGAAAGUGAUUUCAAAGCAUUGAAACUAAUACACGACACGGUAGUCGAUACCAGUGUGAUGUUUCCACACAAAAAUGGCCUUCCUCAAAAAAGAGCACUGAGGAAUCUUUGUUCCGAGUAUCUUCGUAAAAUUAUUCAAAAUGACAUCGCUGGCCAUGACAGUAAUGAGGAUGCAGUGGCAUGUAUGGAAUUGGUCCUCUGGAAAGUAAAAGAAGAAGCGAAAUUGUAGUGGAGUCCAUUCAUUCAGCAGGAAACUUGAACUGAUAAAAUAAUCAGAAACGAAAUCAUCAUCCGAUCGAGCAGUACGCCAACGUACAUAUUGCUAUGUACUUUGUCUUACGACGUGCUGUAGAAUAUUGUAUGACUGUACUGCCGUAUGUAAUAUAGCCUUCAUGUAUAAAUAUUGUAAUAUAUGCAAUUUAUCGUCGUACGAACAUUUUUGCAGGAUAAACUAACGCACUUUGCGUCUCAUAAUGAAUUGAAUAGAUUAUACAUAUAGAAGUUAAUCAUGGAUAGGAGGAAAUAAUAAGUGGGCGCAAUUCAAUUUAAUUCUUGUCAGAGAGAAAAAGCGAAUGCGCAAGGCCGAUCACAGAUUUAUGUGACGCUGAGAAAAAUACUGAACGUCAGAAAUUAUGACCUCAUGUUAUUUCACUUAAUAUUUCGAUUAAUAUUUUUGUACUUCGUUACCUAUUUAUAUUUUAGAUCAUUAAAUACUGACGAGAUAAGUUAUGGACUGUUUGCUCACUGGAAUUAUCCGUAAAUCCUUGAUUAUCCACUUGAACCAAUAACUUUAGCUUACAAAUAUCUAUAAAGUUAAACUUGUUUGAUUUUAAACUCCUUUUGAUUAAAUAUCAAUAAAGUAAGGAAGGAAAAUAUAAAACGAAUACCGUGUAUUACUUGUAAUCCACGUACAGUACAUUGUUGUGCGCGUUACAGAAGUGCAGAGGUUCCUUUAUAUUAAAAUGAACAUUAUUCUUAUAACUUUUAUUGUUUUGUUUUUCUUAAGAUUAUGAUCAUUAUAAAUUA